AUGGUAGAACUAUUACAGAGAAAGAGGAAAUCCUUAGGAGUGAGAAUCGAGAUAUUGUGGGAUAGAGAAUGUACUGUGGCGAAGCAAAAGCACGAAGCAUGUUUGGAAAAGCACAGAGCGACUGUGAUUGCCAAACAUGCCCUUAGUAAGUUGAUUGGGGAGCAGUUAGAUGUUAACAAAUUGUAUGAAGAGGUGAUGAAGACAAACAGUUUUGACGAGGCAAUCCUUGCCACAACAUUUAACUAUUUGGUGCAGCAUGAAAUGCUUGCAAGGGCAUUUUUUGCCAAGAAUGGAAGUUUGAUGUAUGCACAGGUUUGUAUAAGACUUGAUAUUAGUUUCGUAGUCAGAAUGCUAGGCAGAUAUCAAAACAAUCUAGGAAUAGAUCAUUGGAAAGCUGCAAAGAAGGUUUUGAGAUACUUACAAGGGAUAAAAGAUUAUAUGCUCACAUUUAAAAGGUCUGGUCAUUUAGAUGUUAUUGGUUAUUCAGACUCAGAUUUUGCUGAACGUGUGGAUAGUAGAAAAUUCACUUUUGGUUAUAUGUUUCUUUUAGCUGUAGAAGCAAUAUCAUAG